AUGGCAACCGGGGGAGAGAAUGAACAGGCCAUCGCGCCUAGGAACGCUUGGAGAGCGGAACCUGCCUCCUCCAUCCUUGCUUCGCGUUUCGCACCGCAUCUUGCAACACAGGGACAUGAAUCACACCUUACCCAUGAAACCUUUGCACAGCUACGACUGGAGCUUCUUAGUGAAAUACAGCAUCAACGACGCGUUGAUGAGGAUGCCACUGAUGUCAACAAACUCAUCUGCAUUGUACUAAAAGCUGGGUUAGAGAUCUGUCCAGAUGGAAGCGCCCCAGACCAGGAUCUGGAAGGGCAAGUCCUUGACUGCUUAGACAUUAUUCAUGCAAGCAUCGAGAAAGCUCCCCAAGUACUGUGGGAAACCUCCGACCCUAUCAUCUUAGGCGAGGAUAUACAUGCUCCUCUGUUCGCAUGGUUGAUUCUACGACUCAUUCGACUCGCCAGUACCUGGACCUCCGAGGCUGUUCACGAGAAAAUACAGCUUCUGUGUGCAACGCUAGCUCAUUCCCAGUUCAGACAUGGCCGUUCAAUGCCUACAAGCUAUGCCGUCGCUGCAUUUUUGCGUGCCUGCACGUCAGAUAUUCUGUGCUCUCUCGAAGGACCUCAACAUAGCAAUGCCCGGGGGAGACCCUCCGGAGACUUGACAAUCCCCGGUCCAGAUGGAAAGCUCAUCAAAGACAUGCAACGCCUCGGUCUACCCGAUGCUUUAUUCAGGAUCAAAACAGCACUUGGAGGCUUUAUGAAAACAGUAUCUUUAGCAUGCCGGCUGCUGGACUCAUUCAACCCAAGGGGCAAAAUGCAAACCCGCCCCAAAAAUCAUGAUUUCAUCCUUCGCCAAAACUUUUCCUGGGUAUUGAAUGGCUUCCACCGCCUGAAAAAGAUCAUACUCGGUUGGUUGCAGACGAACGGGCCUCAUCUCACUCCCGAAGAUGAGAACAUCUCUCUGCAAUAUUUAACAUACCUGCAUCGGUGCUGUGCACCAGACUCUACUCUGGCAGAUUUACUCUCAGACAUAAGCCUCACUUCUACCUGGUCUCAGUGCCUGUGUGGUUUUCUGUGUCUUGGAAAUAUAGGAGGAUUGCCUUCCGUACAAGCCCACCUAGGCCGCUACUUUGAUGACCUAACACAAGCAGCAAAAACCUCCCAGUCGCUCGUGCACCACCUGAGUGACACAAUGCUCACCACUCUGAUAAAAGUCGAAAGCUGCGGUUCUGAUUCCCAGCCCCUUGAGUUGGGUCUCCUCGUAAAUCCCCACCAUAUCUCCACACGUUGGGCCUUUGAGCUAAUCCUUGAGCAGAGUUCUCUCCGGGCCUUGCGUACCCAACUUUCAGAUAAACCGCCACUGCUGACGGUCCCUUCACUCCAAGGGUCAUUGGAAGGUUUCUCCGAGCAGUCGAACAUGGCCUUGCGGAGAGUUGGGCUUUCACAUCCUCCGGAACCGAAUGAAGAUGUCCGGCCCCCGAAGCGGCUAUGUUUCUCAAUCACGUCGGCUACAUCUACUAGUCAUAGUUUGCUUGACGUACUGAUGAAGAAGAUGUCUACGAUCCUUGAAUCUGAUUGUGGCGGAACUAUAGCAGGCCUCUGCUCCUCGAUCCAGACCUCCUACGAUGGUCUUUCCGACCCCCAAAAGAUUGAGCUUUUGGACAUGCUGGGCAAGAGUUGCUGCGCAGUGGCACGCAAGCUUUUGCCGAAACCUUCGGAAGUUAGAAAGAGACAGACGCUCGUCUGUGAAAUAUGCGACGUUGAACAAUAUCAACCUGAUCAUAUGGGAAAUUUUGAGGAAUCCGGAUUCGAGGACUUGUGGUCCAUCUUCAAUCUUAUCCUCCCUAAGCUCACACGCACGCCUGGCCCUCGAAUUUCCGCAAUGAUCGCGCUGAGAAGAAUUCUCACACAUGCCCCAAAUUCCGAUCAAAUGCACAUCUCAACGUCCGCGGCCGGAGAAUUCUGUCUUCACUCUCUACGAAGUUCGAUCAGAGAAUUGCGUAUUGCCACCGGACAUACAGUGGUGACUUUUGUGCGCUCCAAUCUAUCGACAGAUGUUCGUCGAGCCAACUUUGUCGUUGUGCUUGAAUGGCUUCAAAACCUCUCCGGAAAGGACGAUAUGUCACUACAAGAAGCUUGUAUCAUAACACUCUGUGGACUGGCAAUUGUCUCCGAAGAUGAAGAGAAGAACAUCAUCCUUCUUCGGCUGUUAGAAUACCUUGGUCAUUCGAACCCCUACAUUUGCGCCGUCGCCUACAACGAGUUGUCCAAGCUUGCGCAACGGUUUUCUUUGACCCCUGCUGGCCUGUUUCGGCCCUACUGGAGGACCCUUUCGGUCACUGUAGUCAAAAACCUUCAAUCUCGCCCGCAUAUGGCUGAACAGCUAUGUGACUUGCUCGGCAUGAAAGUUGACGGUUUCCUCCGGCUGACAGAAGUGCAUGUCUUGCCCUAUCUGGUUUUAACUCGAAAACGCGACAUCAUUUGCAGAAUCGGUGCCAGUCGAAAUGAGGGGGAGUCUGCUUUUGAUGUUUGCUCCGAGAAGAACAACUUGGCUGCAAUUCUUGCUUUCCUCCUAUCUCAGCAAUCAGACAACCCGGAGGCUAUGAUCAUGUCUCUUCUAGCAGAGAUCGACCCCGCGUUCAAGGGUAGGUCAUUGGCGGAGUUAGUGAGAAUCGAGCCAAUUCUCAUCGCUUGCGACUUGCUGAAAAGCCUUGGCGAUGCGGGUGAGCAAAAGAAGGAGAAAUUCAACCACGCACUCCGUCGGUUGGCCACAUUCGUUCCGCGGAAGGUGGCACAUGGAAGUUCGUCAAAGAAAGCGGACCUAAGCCACUUCAUUGAAGAGCACGUUCUCGGCAUCAUAACACAAUUCGCGAAUGCCAUAAACGACUUCCAAGUAAGACAAACCUUGGCGGAGAAGAGAAGAAACAUCAAGGCUAUUGAAGAAAUGAUCAAUAUUGCCCAGGGUCAUGUUAGCAGUGCAUUGCCGCAAGUUUGUGCAUGUCUUCGAUCUGCACUAGAGAUUAAGGAACUAUGUGAUUACGCAUUCUCGGCGUGGAAGACAUUGAUCAGUUCUCUCGGCGAGGAGGAUCUCGAGCCAAUAAUAGAUCAAACGCUGGCAAUUGUGAUCAGGUAUUGGGGUGGCCUGACUGAGGAGAGUAGGGAUCGCGCAUGUCAACUUAUUGAUCACAUUUUGACGAAUCAUCCAAGACUUGUGCAAGAUACGUUCAACACCAUGCCUUCCCUUGCAUCCAUUCCGGAGCUGGCCGCCUUUGAUGCCAAAAUCACGGAUCUGAGGGCCCAAAUGGACGUACGAAGCCAGUUCCUGGCAUUAAUCCGUCGUUGCCAGAGUGAGAAUGCUACUGUUGUGGAACAGGCUCUCAUGGAACUGACCCCAUUUCUAUCAACAAAUGAAGAGUUCCUUCAUGACUCCGUUCUCAGCGAGCAACCAGACCCUGUGAUUGCUCAAUUGACUAGGUCGCUGCUGGAUUGUUGCGUCAAAUUCAGCAACAUCUCCGACAGCAUUACUCUGUUAUCAGCUCGGAUGGAAGAAACAGUCGCAUUCAUUCUUUUCUUCCUCCAGCAUGUCUUGGUUGAGGCGUUCUUAUCUGCUUCCAACACAAGGGCUCAGGGAUUUCUAGCAUGGGCCAUGCAAGGCCUGCUCAGAUUUUGCAAACUAAAUGCCGUGUUUAAUCAACGCUCUCGCGAUUUCCAAGGCGAUGAAAAAUAUCAACGCUGGAUGGAGCUUCCGGAGAGUGUUCGCAACACUCUUACACCGUUUCUCACAUCCACGUAUACGGUCACCGUUGUGACCAACCAUACUGAAGUCAAUUACCCUCUAUUUUCCCCCAAACUAACCCACAGUGAGUGGCUCCGAACAUUUGUGCAGGAUCUCCUACGAAGUGGGAAUGGAGAUAACGCCAAAAUGGUUUUUUCAAUAUCAAGUCGUGUGGUGAAGGGCCAGGAUAUCUCCAUCUCUGCGUUCCUAUUACCAUUUGCGGUCCUGAAUCGCAUUGUUGGGGGCACCGAAGAAGAACAACAUGAUCUUCAACGCGAAUUAAUGAGUGUUCUUUCGCACCCUAUUCCGGAGACAAAUAACAAUGCUCGCGAAACAAUCAUAAGCAGUAGCCAAAGUGUCUUUGAAGUCUUAGACUACCUGUCUAGAUGGCUACAAGGCAAGAAGAAGCACCUCAAUGGCCUCAAUCACAGUUCUCAUCAAACGAGCCGCUCCCAUAAGGAUCUAAGCCGUGACAUGCUCGUCGACAAAUACUCAUCACAGAUCAAAUCUGUUGAAUCCCUCCUAUCCUCCAUACCGCCUGAGGUCAUCUCGAAACGAGCCGUUGAAUGUAAAUCAUUCUCCAAAGCACUCUUCCAUUGGGAACAGUACAUUCGAAAGUCCAAGGCCCACGGAGAGUCACAAGAGCGAGCCAGCUUUGAGCCUCUUUACCAAAGGCUACAAGAUAUUUACAGCCAGAUCGACGAACCCGAUGGAAUUGAAGGCAUUUCAAGCCAUUUGUCUGCACUGGACAUAGACCAGCAAAUCCUUGAACACCGCAAAGCAGGGAGAUGGGCCACGGCGCAGAGUUGGUAUGAGCUGCAACUCGAGAAGGAGCCCGAUAAUGUUGAUGCGCAGUGGAAUCUCGUGACCUGUCUGAAAGAGUCCGGCCAACAAGAUGCUAUUCUCACUCGUUUUGAGGUUCUCAAAGAGAGCGAGUCAGCCGCUUCACGCUUCCUACCCUUCGCGGUUGAAGCUUCAUGGAUAAUGGGCAGAUGGGACAAGUUAGAAGGUUAUCUCGAUCUUUGUGCCAAACAAGGAACAGAGGAGUUCAAUGUCGGCAUAGGGUCAGCUCUCGACGCUCUUCGUCAAAAACAAGACGGGGCGUUUACGGAUAAAAUCAACGAGCUCAGACUCAGUGUCGCCCGAUCACUGACCACAAAUACCGUGACAUCGCUACAAUCAUGCCAUGAUGACAUGCUCCGGUUACAUGCUUUGUCGGAGGUCGAAGCAAUUGCCAAAACACAACCAAACCAGUCGCGUCGGGGUUUGUUGGGUGCCCUAGACAGACGAUUGGAUGUUUUGGGCGGAUACUUGUCCGAUAAACAAUAUCUAUUGGGACUCAGACGGGCUACAAUGGAGCUAACGGGCGAUUUCGCGGAUUCCGAUAUCUCUGCUGCAUGGCUCACCAGCGCUCGUCUUUCAAGAAAAGGCAAUUUUAGUAGCCAAGCAUAUCAUUCAAUGCUCAAUGCUGCACGAUUGAAAGACAGAUCUGCUUCUAUCGAACACGCGCGACUUCUAUGGAAAGAUGGACAUCAUCGGAAAGCCAUUCAGACUCUCGAAGGCGCAAUAUCCGCCAACGAAGCCGUCCCGAGUACGUCUUCAAAUGAAGUUGAAGCCAUGUCAUUCCUAUCGGGUCAUGGACAGUAUCAGAAUGAGUCCACUGCUCUCGCCCAUCUCAUGCUAGCUAAAUGGACAGAUAGGGCUGGCCAGACCCAUUCGCAGGCCAUUGUCCAGAGAUAUCGAGAGGCUAUCAAGCUGUACCCUAAAUGGGAGAGGGCACACUAUUACCUUGGAAAGCAUUACAAUAAGAUUCUCGAGUCCGAAAAGGCCAAACCAAUGGGAAAAGAAGCCCAGAUUUAUCUGAGUGGAGAGGCCACAAAGCUUGUCAUAGACAAUUAUCUUCGUUCAUUGACAUAUGGGACCAAAUAUGUCUUCCAGACAUUACCCAAGCUCCUGACCCUCUGGCUUGAACAUGCCUCUAUCGUGGAACAGCCCAUUGAUCCGAAGAGAGGUGACAAUGAGGAAUUUCAGAAGCAUACACAGGCCCAACGGAAGAAAAGCCUCGAUGAGAUGCAUGCGCAAUUGAAGAAAUUCAUUGAUAAGCGCCUGCAAGCAGCUCUACUUUUCACGAUACUGCCCCAGGUGGUUGCCAGGAUUUGUCACCCCAACACCACAGUCUAUGAUCUGCUCAUGCGGAUUGUAGCCAAGGCAGUCCACAAUUUCCCACAGCAAGGUCUCUGGACGGUCUUGGCCGUUGUCAAGUCUUCUAAUAAGGAGCGAGCCAAAAGGGGUUAUAAUUGCCUCCAGAAAAUCAUAGACUAUGGCAACAAGUCCAAAGGAGAAUCCUCAAAAGGAGCAGAAAUUCGUCGCAUGAUCACUCAGGGUACAAAAUUCUCAGAGGAACUACUCCAGCUCUGCCUUGCUCCCAUCGAGGAAAAGGCAUCUAGGGUUCAACUUGGCCGUAAUCUAGGGUUCAAUCACAAAGUCGCACCGUGUCGACUAGUGGUUCCUUUUCAAGCGAUGUUGAUCCCAAGUCUUCCUGCCAGUCAAAACAUCGAAUACAUCAAAGGUUUCAGGGCCUUCCCUCGGGAUCCAACAACCAUUGAGGCUGUUCUUGAUGAAGCGCAGAUUCUGAAUUCGCUGCAAAAGCCUCGCAAAAUUAGCUUACGGGGAUCUGAUGGGAAGAUCUACAAUGCGCUCUGCAAGCCUAAAGACGAUUUACGCAAGGAUCAGCGUCUCAUGGAGUUCAACAACAUGAUCAACCGAUUUUUAAAGAGGGACGUUGAAUCAAGCAAGCGGCGCAUGUAUAUCAAAACGUACGCUGUGACGCCUCUGAACGAGGAAUGUGGACUUAUUGAAUGGGUUGACAAUCUCCGCACCCUAAGAGAAAUUUACAAUGAGAUCAGGCAGUGUCUGACCGAGAUCUGCGCUGAUCGAUCAUUUAGCAAGUUGCCUUUGUUCACCACUAAGAUCCUGGCCAAGCUUCCCCCGGUCCUUCAUGAAUGGUUCAUCGAGAUGUUCCCCGAGACAGAAGCAUGGUUUACAGCGAGACUGAGGUACACCCGAUCUUCCGCGGUGAUGUCAAUGGUUGGAUAUGUUCUUGGUUUGGGUGAUCGGCAUGGCGAGAACCUGUCGUUCGAAGAAGGGACCGGCGGCCUCCUACAUGUUGAUUUCAACUGUCUUUUUGACAAGGGCCAAACGUUUGAAAAGCCCGAAGUCGUCCCGUUUCGGCUGACGCAUAACAUGGUCGAUGCAUUUGGCGCUUACGGAUAUAACGGUCCCUUCAGAAGGACUUGUGAAAUCACCCUCAGCCUGCUGCGACAGAAUGAGGAUGCCUUGAUGACUGUGCUUGAAACAUUCUUGCAUGAUCCAACCACCGAUUUUAUCGGAAAGAGGCGUCGCACUCAUGCGAAUGUUCCGGACACACCUGCCGGUGUUCUGGAAGAUGUUCGAAAUAAGCUCCGUGGCUUUAUGUCGAAGCAGCCCAUUGCACUUUCAGUGGAUGGCCAGGUGGAUGAACUGAUCGUCCAGGCAACAGACAAGCGGAAAUUGGCGGCAAUGUAUAUCGGAUGGUGUGCAUUCUUCUGA